UUCGGGGAGCGGCACGGCCAUGGCCAAGGCCCCGGCGGAGCCCGGGCCCGGCUCCGAGCCCGGCUCCAGCCCCGUCCCGCUGGACCUGCACGCCGUGCCCCUGGUAGCGCUCAACUACGGCGUCCGCCGCCGCCUCGGGCUCUACCUCAACCCGCGGGCGGCCGCGGCCGCCGACUGGACGGCGCUGGCGGAGGCGCUGGGAUGCGGCUUCCUAGAGAUUCGGCGGCUGGAGGGGCUGCCCGACCCCACGGCCGCGCUGCUGGAGGAGUGGCCGGGGCGCUGCCCCGGCGGUGCCACCGUGGGGCAGCUCCUGGACGUGCUGCGGCGCUUGGGUCGCGAUGAUGUGCUGAUGGACCUGUCCGGCAGCGUGGAGGAGGACUGUAGGAAGUACUUGCAGAGGAAGCAGGAGCAGGCCAACCAGCCUCUUCAAGUGCCAGCAGUAGACAGCAGCGUGCCAAAGACCUCGGAGCUGAUGGGCAUCACCAUCAGGGAUGAUCCGUACGGGAGCGGAACAGAGAUAUUUGAUGCCUUCAUCUGCUACUGUCAGAAAGACCUGCAGUUUGUCCAGGAGAUGAUCAGGGAGCUGGAGCAAACAGAGUUCAAACUGAAGCUCUGUGUAUUUGAUCGGGAUGUCUUGCCAGGAACUUGUGUGUGGUCCAUCAGUGGAGAACUUAUAGAGAGGAGGUGUCGGAGGAUGGUGGUUGUCAUUUCAGAUGAUUACCUGGAAAGCGAUGAAUGUGAUUUCCAGACCAAAUUUGCUCUUAGUCUUUCCCCAGGUGCUCGUAGCAAACGGCUGAUCCCAGUCAAGUACAAAUCCAUGAAGAACGAGUUUCCAAGUAUCUUACGGUUCAUCACCAUCUGUGAUUACACCAACCCUUGCACCAAAAAAUGGUUCUGGACGAGACUGGCAAAAUCCCUCAUGUUGCCAUAACUCAAAGUCCCGAGAGCUGGGUGCUCUUGUAACCUGCCCUGGAUGUGCCUUUGGGCUGCGGGGGGUCGUUCACACAGGGUCUUCCACCACUUCAGAACCUGGAUACUUGCAAUCCGUGCUUGGGAACAAAGAACUUUCUCUAGCACUUCUUCAUAACUCUGAGGGGAAGUAGAGCAACUGUGUGGGUGUUCUGGGUUAAGUCAGUGAGCAGCAGCAUCCAGCAUUUGUGCAGUCAGCACUUUCACUGAAAAUACUGGAAAUACACAUUUAAAGACCGAGUGUCUGAUACAGGAAGGCUCUGUUGUCAGCAUGAGCAAGGCCUCAGUGCCUCAAACUGCAGGCUUUGUCAAACAAGCAUUUCCUAUUGUUUUAAAAGCUACAGUAAAGUCUGGGGUUGGUGGGAUUGUACCAUAUUGGUCAUGUCUGUCUCUGUUCAGGUCACAUUUAAUUCUGUGAUCUUAUACCAACAUUUAAUAUUCCUAGAUAUUAUUAAAUCUUUACAAUAGAGCCUUCAGUCUUGAAAUACAUAUUUUCAGUGACAGUCCUUACUACACAAAGCAGGGGCUGCUGCUGCUCAUUGACUUGACCAGGAACCAAGCUGUGCACCUCAGUGGGUCCAGAUCCUAAAUUCUUUCAUCUUUAAAAGCCUUCCAAAACCCAGCAGCUUUUGGGAUGCCUCAAAGGCACAGGGAUAAAUACUGAAUAGUGUAUUAAAUUGAAAAUUGGGCUGUUUAAAAUAUAAAGGCAAAUGUUACAUUAACAGAAAGAGCCUGUUUUAAUUAACUGCCACAAUAAUUACUGUGUUUCUGUGACUAAGGCUUGGAGCAAUGUUGAGGCUGUUCUUGUUAGACUUGGCCUUGAAUCCUGCAGAAUGACUGGUAGAUCUCAUCAGUGCUCCGGGGUGGGGGUCAGGAGUUCUGCCCAAAUGAGUGUUUUAAAGCCAUGGUAUAUUAAACAGAUUUACAGUAAAUAUUUACUUUUUAAAUUGGGGAAGAGAGGAAUUUUGCUUAUGUAUCUGCAGUUGCUUGAACUCUGCCCCUUUGUUCAUUACUUCAGCCACUGACUCAUGUUGAUUUUACAGCUUAAUGUUUUACUAGUUUACAUUUUUAAGGUUACAUCUGAGUGUAAUUUUUAGGGUUUUUUUUAAUUUUAGAUUUGUUUUAAAGCAUUACUGGGGCUGAGGCACAGACAGAAACGUGCCUCUGCUUCCCCCCCACCCACCCUGUCAGUGAAUGAUCCUUUCACCAGGGAUGCUGCUGCUGGUUCCUCCUGGCUGGCAGCAGCAGCCCUUGACCUGAGCGCGGGGAAGCUCCUUCACGCACAUCACGUUGGCAUCAGGAACCAUUUUUAGAUAAACCCACGAGCUGGAUGUUUUUUCCUGCAAAAAUAACUGCUGCCAUCGUGCCAAGGUGACAUUUGCACCUUUCUGUCUUGCUGGAACAAGUGAGAAGUCUGCGGGCACUGAAGGAGGAAAGUUAAGCUGAUGAGGGGGGUUCUAAAUAGUUUGUCUUCAUGUCCUGUUGCCCUCGGGCCUCUCCUGCAGAAGUGGAGACAGCUGCUUGCCUCGGGCUUUCUGCAUAAUCGUUAAAUGUUAAUUGUAGGAGAGUUUCAGGAGGCUGCUUGAUCCCCGGGCGCUCCGGGGGCUCGGUGAAUUCUCAUACUCUGGAGUGCCUAUAAACAUCAAUUAUGGGUCAUUACUCGCAGGACCAAACCAGAUCCCGCUUGCCUGGAGAGCUGGAAGGGCUCUGGUGGCUGGUUUGGGGAGGAGCUGAGGCGGAGGAGC